CCCCCCCCCCUCCCCAAGCCAUCACCCCCACCAUGGCCCGCCGCUUCCCCCGGCGCCGCCCACUCGGGCACCUGCUCGGCCUGGCCGCCCUGGCCGCCCUGGCCGCCCUGCUGCACAAUGCCCGCCUGGCGGCCGGCUUCAGCUGCCCCAUCCUCUUCGACCUGCGCCAGGCGGCCAUCCAGUCCGGCGACCACAGCGCCCGGGCCCAAUACAGCCAGGCCCUGCGCACGCUCGGCUGCUGCCGGCCCACCAGCCCCAGCACGCUGCUCCCCAGCGCCUGGACCUCGCGCUGCAGCAAGACCUCCGGCCCGGUGUGCGGCUUCGACUUCGUCACCCACGCCAGCCAGUGCGACGUGGGCAUCUGCCUGGCCGGGCAGCAAUCCGUCGGCCAAUGCCGGGCCCCGGAAAAGCACCUGACCCAGUGCCAAAAGAUCGCCGACAUCAACCAGCGCCUGGUGUGCCUCAAGCAGAUCCUGGCCCGCGUGGUGCAGGCCGUGGCCAUCAGCGACACGCCGGUGGACCCGGCCCGGCGCCUGGCCGCCCCGUGCGUGGUCCCCGGCCAGUAUGACCGGACGCGCUUCCGCACCGCCGACGGGUCCUGCAACAACCCCACCCCGGACCGGUCGUACUCCGGCAUGGCCGGGCUCUACUUCAUCCGCCACGACAAGACGCGCACCAUGCCGGCCGACAUCGACCGGGCCGUGGCCGCCGGGCCCAACCCCCGGGUCCUGUCCAAUGCCCUGCUCCGGCGGUCGGUCUUCCAGCCGAACAGCGUCCAGCUCAAUGGCCUGGCCAUCGCCUUCCUGACCUUCUUCAUCCACGACUUCUUCGAGCCGCGCGUCGACUGGUCCGAGGUCAUUGCCGUGCCCAUCCCGCACAAUGACCCGGACUUCCCGAGCCAGGCCUGGGCCGGGGCCGGGGCCGGGGCCGGGGCCGGGGCCGAGGCAUACAUGUACAUCCCGGCCACCGCGCGCAAUGCCGACGGCACGGUCACCAACCAUGCCACCGCCUGGCUGGACACCUCCCAGGUGUAUGGCAGCUCCGAGGCCGUGCAGGCGUCCCUGCGCGAGUUCCAGGGCGGCCGCCUGCGCGUGGACGCGGCCACCGGCCUGCCGCCGGACGAGCCGACCAGCCAGUCCGGCGCCCGGCGCCUGGCCCCGGGGGCCCCGCCGCUGCUGCUGCUCGGCGACUCGCGCGGCAACCAGCACAUCGGCCUGACGGCCUUCCAUGCGCUCUUCGUGUCGGAGCACAACAACCUGGCCAAGCUCCUGGCCCAGGCCUACCCGGCCAUGAGCGAUGAGGAGCUCUUCCAGACCGCGCGCCUGAUCCUGGCCGCCGAGGUGUUCAAGAUCCAGACCGUCGAGCUGUCCUCCCAGCUGAGCACCGACCCGGCCAAGAAGAUGCUGGCCGAGCAGAUCUGGUCCAGCCACGGCUCGCGCAACUACAACGAGAACUUCGGCGUCCACCUGACGCCCUUCGACUUCACCAGCGCAUACCGGCUCCACUCCAUGAUGCCCGCCUCCUUCCAGCCCCUGGACAUCGCCGGGUUCAAGGUCGGCGAGCGCAUCGACUACUUCCACACCUACCACAACUCGCAGAUCCUCCGCGACCGCGGCGUCGGGGCCAUCCUCCGCGGCCUGGCCACCGAGGUCGCCGGGCACAUGUCCCUCAACAACCACCCGGCCGGCAUCCGCCGACUCACCCACUCGGACGUGGUCUUCCAGCAGCGCACCCCCUACCACCCCCUCGGCCCGGCCGGGCCCGCCUACCAGUACGCCCAGCAGGGCACCUGCUAUGUGGCCCCCUUCAUCGACCUCGGCGUGGUGGACAUCGUCCGCGAUCGCGAGCGCGCCGUCCCCCGCGCCAAUGAGUACUACCGCCGGUGCGGCCUGCCGGAGCUGGCCGCCCCCACCUUCGCCUACAUGGCCCAGGACCCGGUCACCGCCGCCCGCAUGGCCGAGCUCUACGACUGGCAGAUCGAGCAGGUGGACCUGGCCAUCGGCAUGCUGGGCAUGGACUCCGCCGACUCGGACGGCGUGUCGCUGCUCAGCUCCACCGGCUUCCUGCCCUUCGUGGCCGGCCGCGCCUCCCUCGACCGGUUCUACUCCAACACCUGGCUCACCCCGGCCGUGUACACCGCCGUCGGGUACGACCGCCUCAUGGGCACCGCCUCCAACCCCACCGGCGUCACCCUCACCCAGAUCAUGGAGGAGCUCGGCCAUGUCAACCUGCCGCUCCGGCCCAACGGCGCCAUCGUCCCCACCGAGCACGACAUCUUCCGCGUGUGGAACUGGCCCAAGCUGCCGAAGGUCAUCCUGGCCCCGGAGUAAGAGAGAGCGCGCGCGCGCGCGC